GCAGGGCGGCGCGCUCGUCCGGUCAAGUUGUCGUGCGGUUUACUGCCUUUACUUUCUCAGUCCUUGUGUUUUGAUGCUGGGAGAUUAGUGUCAUUGGACGAUUGUUGAUGUGAUUUUGUUUUCAGUUUUGUUUCCGGCUUCAUAUUUCUGUGUAUAUAUAUAUAUAUAUAUAUAACUGCGUCUUGAGUGCGAUUCGUCAGUCAUGGAGGACAAGCAUCAGGUCGAAUCCCCAGCAGAGACCCUUCGUGCCCUGGCCCAUGAACAUGGCAUCGACAUCCUCAGUCCAGAGUUCGCAACUCUGCUGGACUCCCUGGACCCUCUGCGAGGCUUCAGAGACCGGUUUGCUUAUCCGAAGAAGGGCACACUGAAUAAGGUGGAACCAGAGCUGGUGGACCCGACGGAGGACUGCGUGUACCUCUGCGGCAACUCCCUGGGCCUCAAGCCUCACAAAGCAGACUGUUAUAUGCAGCAGCAGCUCGACAAGUGGGCCAGGACGGGGGCAGAGAUGCACUUCGAGGACCCGCUACCAGCUGCAUUGUGUGACAGAUAUGGUCGAGAGGAGUUGGGUCGACUGGUUGGGGCCGACCCGUCAACUGUCACCCUCAUGAACGGGCUGUCUGUCAAUCUCAACCUGCUCCUCCUCUCCUUCUACCAGCCCAGCAACUCACGCUACAAGAUACUCAUCGAGGGACGUGCUUUUCCGUCUGAUAGGUAUGCUAUGGUCUCUCAGGCAGAGCUCCGAGGGUUCGAUCCCAAGGAAGCGGUGCUAGAGAUAUUUCCCCGACCUGGUGAACACACUCUCAGGACUGAUGAUAUUCUUAAGGUGAUCAAGGAGCAAGGAAGUAGCAUUUCCGUAGUAUGCCUGAGUGGAGUGCAGUACUACACGGGGCAGAAGUUCGACAUGGAGCAGAUCACGAAGGCGGCUCAGAAGCAGGGCUGCCUGGUGGGUUGGGACCUGGCGCACGCCAUUGGUAAUGUUCCUCUCCACCUCGACCGAUGGGGCGUCGACUUCGCCUGCUGGUGUACCUACAAGUACCUUAACAGUGGGCCGGGUUGCAUCGCAGGCGCGUACAUCAACCAGCGUCACAACGGGAGGAGAGCGCCCCACCUGCGCGGCUGGUGGAGCAACAAGGAGACCACCAGGUUCGAAAUGAAUGAUGAGUGUGACAUGGCCAUCGGUGUGGACUCCUUCAGGCUCUGUAACCCGCCCCCAUUCCUCGUGGCCCUUGUCAAGGCCAGUCUGGAGAUCUUUGAAGAGGCUGGUAUGGAACGUCUGGUCAAGAAGCAGUUCCUGUUGACGGGUUACCUGGAGUUGCUCCUCAAGACGCACUUCAGCAGCGGUCAAGAGCGAGCUCCCUCGGCCACCAUCAUCACGCCGGAGGACGUCGCCGCCCGUGGCUGUCAGCUCUCUCUCAUCUUCUCCUUCACUCUCAACGAUGUACACCAACAGCUGGAGAAACGAGGCGUUGUGUGUGAUAUACGUCUACCUAAUGUGAUGCGCGUCGCCCCUGUGCCUCUCUACAACUCCUUCUAUGACGUCUACCGUUUCAUCAACAUCUUAAGAGAGGUGUUUGAUCUGUGUAAGACAGAAGGCGCCUAGGACUGUCACUCCAAGAUUCUACUUGACUUGUUUGUGUGUAUAUAUAGAAUGGGAGAGACGUUAAAAAAGGCUUUUUCAAGAAAUAUAUCUCCUUGUGUUAGCAUGAUGCAAAUUGGAUACUGACAGCUGUUUGCUGACAUCCAAUUUAGUACUGUACCUGAACUAUGCGUUUUAAAACAAAACGUGUCGACAACAACACCAUUGUGUAGUGGGCUUACGUAAUUUUCAGAAUAUAGAUAUGGAGAGGCAAGAAACGUACACAAUCAUAUAUAUGUAUGAUUGGAUAAACACUAUAUACAACAGCUUUGUAUACAGCACUAUAACACUUUCCUGUUCCACUCACCAUUGGGUGGCAGCUUCGUGGGUCAGUUUACUCAAUGAAGAGUAAUGAUCUUGCGAAUUCUCUUGCAUUACCACAAAAGUACAAAAUCCAACGCCUUAACCUAACCGUAAAGUGCACGAAACACAAGCCACCUAACCUAACCUAACUUAACCUAACCGAACCGACCCGAACCAAACCAAACCAAACCAAACCGAACCGAACCGUUGCAUAGAAAAGUGAAAUUUUAUGAGCAACUGCUUGUCAUAGCACAUUGCAUUUAGUAUGGUGGUUACCGUAGCGUACGAUAACGAGACAUUGGUCAUGAGGACGGGCUGUUAGACCUUUCGUCUCAAUAUGGUUUCAGUUUCUGACCUUACUUCCAUGCAGCAUUAUGGAGGGCUGCAGUUUAAGCUUUAUCUGAGGACAAAAGAAGCUUGGCUUCCUCCACCCAUGGGGUGCUUUAGGGGAAAAAUUUAUAAUGAAUAGUUUCGCUCAGUGACUUCCCUCCGUGGUGUCGCCUUGUCUUGGUGAGGGGCUCAUGUACACCUCCCUGGGACCAGUGAGGGUUGCCUUCGCUCCCUCUCCUGACCCUCUUUGGGUGUUGCAUGUGCAGAAGGGCACCAUGUAGGGGCCUUGUGAGUUAUCGAACCGCCCGCUGGAGGGAUCAUCUAUGAGGCGCUGCCCUAAGUGGAUGGUUGGGUGUCCAGGCUGGGGCGAAAGUGGAAAGGAGGUCUUUGGCAGUGUGGGGUAAUGGAGGAUGCAGUAGGACUCCGCUAUUAAAAAGAGGGAGCACCGCUGUUGACGACAAACCCAACGACCCCUCUUACCCAGGCUCAUGGGGUAGGCGACCAGGCCCCUGAGUUGGACUGUGAUGGAAGACCGGGCUCUGUAGCCCCUGCUACAUUGGACCCAGACUGGACUAAUCCCCCCCUCCACUUCCCUCCCUCCUCAUUGGUAGGGUCGAGCCCCAUGCCCCCGGUGGUGACCAUCACGUCCCCUGGCACGGCUCCGUCUCUCAUUGUGACUACUGUGCCUUUUAACCCCCUCUCUGGGGGCUCUCACCACCAUCCCCACCAGGGCCACACUCGUACGUUCCCUAAUACGAACCACGCCUUGUUUGGUCCUGCUACGUGGGCUAAAUACUUUGAUCUCCACCAUCUGGACUCUACUCCUCCUGACGAUUUCUCACUCCAUAAACACCUUGUUGAUUCGGUGGAUGCCUCUGUUACUUUU